CAGGGAAAGAUGACCUUACUGUGGGUGCAACUACAAGUGGAAGAGUGAAUUUUUACCCCUGGACAAUAGACAAUAAAUACUAUUCUGCAGAUAUUCACCUCUGUGUGGUACCAGACACCUUUCUUGUCACUGAAGAGGUUGCUGAAUCUGUGCAAGCAUUUGUUGUGUACUUCGACAGCACCACAAAGUCUGGAUUGGAUAGUGUCUCCAAAUGGCUUCCCCUGACAGAGGAGUGGUUACCAGAAGUCAUGAUCCUGGUUUGUAACAGAGUAUCUGAAGAUGGUGUUAACAGACAGAAAGCUCAAGAAUGGUGCAUCAAGCAUGGCUUUGAACUGGUGGAACUUAACCCUGAGGAACUGCCUGAUGAAGAUGAUGACUUCCCAGAGUCCACUGGAGUGAAACGAAUUGUCCAAGCCCUGAAUGCCAACGUGUGGUCCAAUGUAGUCAUGAAGAGUGACAGGACCCAGGGCUUUGGUCUUCUCAGUACAUUAGCAGGUGCCAACUGUAGCAUUGGGUCAGAAGAGAGCCAAGACACAGAAUCCAAUCCAGCAGCAGCAGACAGUGAAGAAUCCCACUCAGACAGCAGAGAAGGUGGAGCUAGCACAGAAAACCAGCAGGUGGACAACACUGCAGACCCUGUUUUGGACAUGGACAUCCAGGAGUUGGCCAACCUCACUACCAGAGACAGCGACCUGGAGAGCUUCGAACGGCUCUUCUCAAAGCUGAAGGAAAUGAAAGAUAAAGCUGCAAUGUUGCCUCAUGAACAAAGAAAACUGCACGCAGAAAAGGUGGCCAAAGCAUUCUGGAUGGCAAUUGGGGGAGACAGGGAUGAAAUUGAAGGCCUCUCCUCUGAUGAAGAAAACUAAGUUCUCAUGUUGCUGA